UGAGGUGAGCGGAGCGCGCCUCUUAAACUCUCUGCUCACUUUGGACUUUUUUAUUGUUAUUGUUGGUGUUGGUGUCGUCUCUUCUUGUCAUGUUGAUGUCUUUACUUUGCUGGCACUCAUGAGGCUACUUUUGCUUCAUUCUGGCAGUAACACACUAAAAGAAACACUGGAUUAACACUGAAAUUACUCCGGAUUAACACUGGAUUAACAACUUCGGAAAUUAUAACACCGGGAUUACACUGGCGUAACGUUUGACGUGCCAUGACAGUUCGCCAGUGGAUUUGAGAAAACUUCCAAGCUGAAAAAAACUCGAGACACCACCAUCUGUCUGUCCGUCCGUCAUGCUGGAGGCGCCUCUCUCCAUGCUCUCCUCUCUAAAAGAUGACUUCGCUCCCGACGAGGACUUUGUGCAGCCGCACUACAAGGAGGCGUACCGUCUGGCCAUCGACGCCCUGGUCAGCGGCGGCCAUGACGCCUACCGAGACGCCCUCAAGGCCGAGCAGAUCGGAGACUUCCUGGCCGAGGCCGAACGCGCCCUCAUCGUCCGCGGCACGGAGAAUGGCAAGCCUCCGUCCUCGUCACAGGCAUUGGAGGGCUCCCCGGCUGACAGCCCCACUGCCUCGGCCUCCUCCUCCUCGUCGGGGACGUACUGGCCCACGCACUCGGACGUGGAGACCCCCAACCUGGAGCUGGGCUGGCCCAGCGUCAUGCACGGAGGCACGCAGACGCACGUGGAGCUGCUGUUCCACCCGCCACGCAUGGACAGCCCCACCAUCAAGGAGUCCAUGAGGAAACACAUCCAGGAGGCACACGAGGUUAUUGCGGUUGCCAUGGACGUGUUCACUGAUGUGGACUUAUUCCGGGAGAUUGUUGAUGCCUCCAUCAGGGGAGUGUCUGUGUACGUGCUGCUGGACCACUCUCACUACAGGAGCUUCCUGACCAUGGCCGAGGGCCAAGACAUCCAAGUCUGCAAGCUACGGAACAUGCGGGUGCGCACGGUGAAGGGCCAGAACUACAUGUGCCGCACGGGGGCCAAGUUUCACGGCAGCAUGGAGCAGAGGUUCCUCCUGGUGGACUGCAGGACUGUGUUCUUUGGAUCCUACAGCUUCAUGUGGUCCUAUGAGAAGAUCAACCUCAGCAUGGUGCAGGUCAUCACAGGCCACCUGGUGGCCUCAUACGACGAGGAGUUUCGAACUCUUUACGCCCGCUCCAUCGUCCCCCCUGAGCUGGCUCCUCUCGAGGCCCCACCUGGGGACAGCAGCAGGGGGAUGACUUCCAAACUGGAGUCCUUCGAGCGGAAGCAUCACCUGCGCCACUCCCUCAAUGCCGUCUACCGGCAGACCUGCGAGAGUCGGCAAGGCUUCGGCCGGGAGUCUCCUCACAUCAUGGGACACAUCAAGGAGAUCGACGAUGAUGAUGACCGGAUGUACGGUCAACAUCCGGCCAUGAUGCACCAACGGCCGUACGGCUAUGCUGCUCCGGGCGACACGACGAAUUACAUGAAGAGGCACAGCUACGCCGGGGAGAGGCAGGAGGGCUCGUACGUCCCUCCCUACAUGAGGCACGGAGUCAGCAACUGGAACGUGUCGUCUGGGAUCAGAGGGGGAGGCGGAUACGACUCGCCUGUGAGGAACCCGUUUCCCGGCGGCAGUGGGUACAACGAUCCGCGCCAUCCACCACAGCCACGACCGGACCAGAUGCACCGCACGGCAAACAUGCGGCAGUCGUACCACGGCAACGUCAAACAGUUUGUCUCCUCGCAGCACAACAUGCCCAGUUUCGAGCAGAUGUCCAAGACUUUCAUGCGCGACUGGAGGGUGACGUCCUACCUGAACAACAGCGACGCCCCCAUAGCGGAGAGCCAGGAGUACCUGGACCAGCCGUACGACAUGGCGCCCGAACAACAACACAAGCCCCACAUGCCCCACCUGCACUCUCGCCUCAGGUCCUCCGUCGUCCUCACAUCAGUCAUUCCCGAGCAUGAAACGGAGGUGGUGAACGGGUACACGGGUUGCUCUUCGAAUUCUCAACAGGGCAGAGAACCGUACAGGAACCGUAUGGCGCCCCCCAGUGCCCACUCGCGGCCCCUGUCACCCCAGCAAAUAAAGCUGAAUCAGCCCGCCGAGCCGCUGAACUACAGAGCGAUGCACACUGACUUUGCCCUGAGAAGACGCAGUCUGGUCGAUGACCCAAAGCCAUCUGCUGGGAACGGUUCCUCCCCGAGAGACUAUUUAAAUUCCUACGCCAGUCUUGGCAGGGCGCGGGGUAGAAUGAUGAGCACCAGGGAACAGGACAUCCACCAACUGGACCAGGACCAUUUUAAAAGGCACAGCGUUGCCGAUCCAAAGUCUAACAUGGUCGCUGGGUACAGGGAAACUUCAAACCACAUGUAUGCCGUGUUGAGGGAACGCGAGGAAAGAAACGGCGGUGGUCGAGAAGAGACUGGUGGAGGAAACAACAGGGGGUUUCCUCACAACCACAACCUCAGUCCGGAUCAAAGAUCCGUCUCGCACUGUGACUUCAACGGGGAGAGAGAGAGCCGCAAACCCUCCGCUGCCGCUGAGCCUUCGUCGUGGCGGGACUCCCCUUCCAGGACGUCCUCCUCUACGCUCCUGGCGAUGCGCGAGAAGGAGAGAGCCAAGCCCAAAUCGGUACUCAGCUCGCCGCAGUUCUUCAAGAAGAGCUCCAGGAAAAUCAAAUCGCUCCUCAACAUAUCUGACAAGAAAGACGCCUCGUCUUCAUCUUCGUCGCCAAAGACCAAGAGCAGGUCGCGCCACAGAUCCACGGAGGGGAGUACAGAGACGCUCGUGGACGAGGAGGAGCUAGGUGGGGGUGAGGGACAGCAGGGUAGGGAGAGCCGGGGCACGGCUAGCUCCUCCGGACGGUCCUCUGGAAGCCCUCGAUGGAGGUCUCGCAGCACAAAGACCCCCGGCAGCAUCAACAGAGACAUCAUGAACGACGAUGACGAUGGACGCUCAUCGUUACCUCGCUUCAGCACGGAGGGGCUUGAUCAUAGUAUGGCUGCAGAGUGUAGUAGUAGCGUGGGAAGAUCGUCUACAGGUAGUCAGCGGUCUAACACCCACAGCGUGAGGUCGGGUGCCUCGAGAGCCCCGGACAUGAGGCCGGUGCUUGAGAACGGAGAGAGCCGACUGAACAGCCGCUAUGAGCACAGGCUUCCACUCAGGCACUCUCAGCAACACCACGCUAGCAGCACGACUAGCAGCCAAGCUAGCGAUCGGCACAGGAGCUCAGCCUCCUCGGCCAAAAGGGACCAUGUUGACCGCCGCGCCAAUCCCCCAGAACACCAAAACAACAGCCACCACUACCAUGACAACAAACUCGGCCGACUGUUUCAACGUGUUGGCAAUCUCAUAAACAAGAAAACAUGAGCAGGAUAGUUACCAAGGUGUGUGGGUGCUUUGCAUGGAUGGAUGCGGGCAUGCUAAACUUGAAGUUGUUUUGCUUUUUUCAUGGACAAUAUACAUAGUAUACUAUACAGUGUUUACUCAUUGCACACAAGACUCUGAGAGGCUUUCACACUAAUGAGUCUUUUCAGUCAAGUUCCGUUUUACAGGUCAUAGGCUACCAUUAGGGAACUUAAGGUUACUAAUAUCAAAUGACGCAAUCUCAUUCAUUGACUUUCAAUGCCACUGAAUCACAGUAAACAAAGAUUUUCUAGGAAAAGGGGUUAACUGCAGGUUAAUUGUAGGCUAAUUGCACUUAUGGCAGCAGGAAGUUUUGAACGCUAACUUUUUUAUUAGGUGAAGGUUUUAUCAUAGACUACAAAAAGGAGGAACAGUGCAAUGAUGUUGCCUAAAUGGAGAUAUGUAUGAAAGGAAGUAAGGAAAUGGUACUGAAAUGUGACUAUGUUAAAAAGGGUACAGUAUAUUAUUUUCAAGUUUUGAAGUUGUGAUGAUCUAGAAAUGUUAACAGACUUGGACUACUGGAUUGUUGGAAUGCUAAUGUUCACUUGCAUGGAAGGGGAUCUCUGUGUUGAUGCUAGCUCUGGAACCAGCUUUGACUUCAUUUCAAUGCUGCUAUUCAUUAGGAUAUAGGCUAGUAGGCCUACUGUAGGGCAGUGCUUCUCAACUG